CGUUGUGCUACAUCGAAAAGAUGAACUUCAUUUUGGCACUGGCAGGCAUACUGUGUCUAGUGAGCGGAAUUCAGGCCGUUACACUGAACGAUACGAUAAACGGCAACAUUACCAUUGCACUAACGAAUUUCAACGCCUCGGUCAGUACCAUUAACGCAACGAUCAACACUGCUGACACAAAUACCCUGAAGGCAUGGACCAAUUGGGGCAAUGUCAUAUUAUCAAACUUAACCACCUUGUACAAUCGUUUCCAAAACUACCCCAACAUUGGUAUACAAUCGCUCGCUACCAUCAUUAGUAGCCUUAAUAGCUCACUAACUAGUCCACCCAUGCUAUUGGGAAGUGAUUUCAACCUGCGAGGAGAAUUGUAUCCCAACAUUUACAACCAAAUUCAAGAAUCAGGUGAUGUACUACUUGAUGCCGCUGCGAAUAUGUCUACCUAUGUUAUUUGCACAAAUGAUUUUGCCGCAAACUGUCUGAAAAAGUACGGUGCCAACCUGACUGCCAGUCCGCUUCUGCUGACCCGUUACCGCGACUGUGUAAUAGCUGAAAAUAGUCGAAUCGCCUUAAUCGGCACAAACAUGAGCAGUCAAAUCAAUGCUUCUCUGGCCAACGUGCAGACAUACUUCGAUCUGCUUAAGAUCUGUAACGUGCCGACGGCAGCCGCUUUGAAUGCUACCUGGCCCCAGCUAGUUCCGUCGGUUCAGUGUCUUAAUACGUUCAUCGGCCAAAUCGGAGGUAUCACUACACUAAACACGUACGUUUCUGACAACGUCCGCUACCCACAGACUCAGUUGGUGAAUUUCCGAACGAAACGUUGCGCAUCUCUCGUCCAGUUAGACAUCGAGGAUACGGUGGAUCGAGUAAAGGCCAGCUUCUACAGCUGUUUGUCCACCGGAAAGUAAAUCCGUCAUGGGCUUACUCUCCUGCUACGCUGCAUUAGUCAAUAAAUUACGAUUCGUAUGAAUGCCUAUGUUUUGUGUAUUCGAUUGUGAUCACAACCAUUCAAAGCUAUAUUACAGAAGCUAAACAUGAAUCUAGUGAAACAAAGCAAAACUUGAGUAUGCUGAGACCAACAAGUAGAGGAAAAAUGAUGAAACAUUGUGUUUUCCAUUUUCCUCUAUAGGCCAGGUCCGGAUUUUUGUAAUACAUAUAAAUAAUACAAAAAAGUUUAAUUAAAAAUCAAGAAAAAGAAAAAAAAUAAGUCAUUUCAUGGCUUACUGGUUCAUGGUUGAUUGUGGAAUUGAAGGGCGUGAUUAUAUUUGGUUUACAAGCUGUGCACUUUUACAACAACAAAAAAGUGAAAUAAAUAGUCAAGGUCAGGUGAUUUCGAAACUGUGACUUUGGAGGAUGCUCUAUGCAACAAAUGAAGAUAUAAAACAA